UGGCACUUUGAGAUGAGCGCUUUCUCUCUCUUCCUCGAUUCGUGCUGCUAUUAUUAUAUAGUACCAUCUCUUUUUCUCUCUCCUCCUUUCUAAAUAAUACGAAAAUUUACAGAGCAUGUGAAAAAUCAAGAAACCCCCAAUACCCAAUGCUCAGAUUCUUCUUCUUCAACAACCAUUCAUCAACUCGCUUUUUUCCUUUAGUUUGUGUGCAGAAGAGAAACCCAUAUCAAAGAAUCCCAAGAAAAUCAUGAAAAGGGAGAAUUCGAACCAGGAAAAUUUUGCCACGAGUGGGAGUUCUAGUUCAUCCAACAAGGGAAAGAUGUGGUGUGAAGAACAAGAUGCAGGUGGUGUUGAUGAACUGUUUGCAGUUUUGGGUUACAAGGUUAAAUCAUCUGAUAUGGCUGAGGUUGCGCAGAAGCUCGAACAUCUUGAAGAAGUGAUGGGCAGUGUUCAACAAGACGGGCUUUCUCAAAUAGCAUCUGAUACUGUUCAUUACAAUCCUUCAGAUCUAUCAUCAUGGCUGGAAUCCAUGAUUUCUGAGCUUAACCCUCUUCCUAAUUUUGAAUCCUUCAACUCUAUUGUUCAAGAUCCGUUCCUUGAAACAUCUUGUGUUACUAGUAUUGAUUCUCACAGCUAUAACAGCUUGAAUAGCCAUGCUCGUUCACAUAUAUCUGUUUCAACCCAGCAACAAAUGGUUGUUGAUUCAGAUUUUGGUUCAGAUCUUAUUUCUAUUCCGGGGAAAGCUGUGUAUCCCCCAAGUCAACAGCACCCACCGCUCCAGCAUCAGCCACAACCCAAGAAAUUGAAGCCAUCAUCAUAUUCUGGUAUGGGAAGUUCCAAUACUGCUUCUUGGGGUUCGCCUAAUGAGUCCAUUUCUGCACAUCCCAUCGAGUCUGCCCGUCCCAUGCUCCUGGUUGACUCACAAGAAAAUGGUAUUAGGUUAGUCCACAGCUUGAUGGCUUGUGCAGAGGCUGUGCAACAUGAGAACUUGAAAUUGGCCGAGGCUUUGGUCAAACAAGUUACCCUCCUUGCAGUAUCACAAGCAGGGGCUAUGCGAAAAGUAGCUACAUAUUUUAAGGGGGACAAAAUAUGCACCUUGUGA